CGGCCCCGAAGAAGCAUCUCGCUUAUCGCUAUGGUCUUGCAUCGACAAACACCUCCAAACUCUCUCAUCCGUGUCAGGUAGCCGGCGUAUGCACACUAUGCAUCCUGGGCUACCGAUAGCUGCGCCCGCCCGCGCUCGACCAAGUACAUCUAGGCUGCGAACGAACUCCGUACCAAGCUCCCACUCACGCCCAGCUGCAGGCUCGCCUGGACAGUUACAGCAGACAGAAGACAUCGAUUCUCGUAUCAGCACCGACGUCCCUCGUGUCAGCACCACUUCAAGAAGAACGCUAGUACAUCACCCUCGCCCCGGCGACCUUGACGUUGGUUCCAAUCAUACGAAUAAAUCAGCCACCAUCCCUUGGGAUGUUCUACAUCACUUCCUCUGCGUCGAGGUUGGAGAAUGGUUCUGGGACCAAGGCAUGGAUCCUGAGAACGUGUUGGACAAGUACAAUACCGACGGGACGCUCAAAGAGAAUGAAGAUUUCACCAAGCCAACACUGUGGCAAAAGUGGGUAUCGAAGCGAAAACGUUCAGCUACAGAAUGGCAAAAUAGAUGGAAGAAGUCGCAACUGCUGAGGAAGUUCGAAUACGACGGCGUCCGUAUCGAUGAGUUGCUGGUCUUCUUGAUCAAAACCCAGCGGGAACAGUAUCGCUCGAACCCGUACAAUCUCAGCUCGAACUACUACAUCCUCAUAUUCCUCAGCCUGGCUGCGUGGGCCAUCGGGAGCAUCGUGUGCGGCCACCAUGAAGCUCGAGCGAAAAUUGAAGUAGGCGCCACUGGAGUUCUCGCGACCUUGUGCAGGGGCUUGAUCGGUGCUAUACCAGCGGUGACACAGAUUACGCUCUUCCUGUUCCCUCCGCUUGUUGCCGGGGACUAG